CUUCACCACCCUCUCUUCCACCAUUCCCACCUCCAAGAACGGCUCAACAACCCUUCAUUAUCUUCUUGAGUUUGCGAUCAAUCAAACCAUCAGAACAGUCGUGGACACUGGGUUUGAUGUUACGGGUCUCUUUACCCACCAAGAUUUGAAUUCUCACGAAAAGAACGCUCUGAAUGACUGUGCAGAUAUGCUGGAUCAAACCCUUUAUGAACUUGGACAAGCCAUUGAUGACUUGCGUAGAUUCCCAGCUUCUAUAGGUUAUCUUCCUCGAUCGUAUGGUAAUCUCAAAACCCUUCUCAGCGCGGCGAUGACAAAUGAGAAUACGUGCAUUGAUGGAUUCUCUGAUUUGGAAGAAUAUGAUUUGAAGGGACAGAAGGGUCUCAAAGAAUACCUUCAAGGCUUGUUGGAUCCCAUUUCUCACAUGAUCAGCAAUUGCUUGGCCAUGAUCAAGUAUAUGGAGACCAUAAACCCCCAAGCAAUCAGCAAGAAUGUACCAAUGUUGAUCAACAACGUGCCGGAAGAUGAGUUCCCAUUGGCGUGGAUGACGACGGGUCAUCGGAGGAUGAUGGAAAGAGGGCGCAGAGUGAGGCCACACGUUGUUGUUUCCAGCGAUGGGAUUGGAAAACACCGCACCAUUGGAGAGGCGGUCAGGAUGGCCCCAAACAUGAGCUUGAACAGGUAUGUGAUAAGAAUAAAGGCAGGAAAAUACACAGAAAAUGUGGUCAUUCACAGGGAGAAGGUUAAUAUCAUCUUGGUUGGAGACGGUAUGAACUCAACAGUGAUCACCAGCUCUAAAAACUUCAUUGAUGGGUUUUCCACCUUCACUUCGGCUACCUUGACUGUGGUUGGAGACAAAUUCAUAGCAACGGACCUUACAAUCAUGAACACAGCCGGUCCACAGAAGCACCAGGCAGUUGCUCUACGGGUGAAUUCCAAUGCUGCCUUCUAUCGUUGCAACAUCAUUUCCUAUCAGGACACCCUUUACGCUCAUUCUCUCCAACAAUUCUACCGUGAAUGUACAAUCCAAGGCACAAUUGAUUUCAUCUUUGGCAAUGCAGCAGCGAUCUUCCAGAACUGUCUCAUUCAAGUUCGAAAACCAAUCCUGGGUCAAGAGAACAUGAUCACUGCUCAAGGGAGAGAGGACCCAAACCAGAACACCGGCAUAUCAUUACAGAACUGCACCAUAGUUGCUGCACCAGACCUUACUGUGGCUGAGAGGGCCAACUUUUCGACCUUCUUGGGUAGGCCAUGGAGGAACUAUUCGCGGACAAUCGUCAUGAAGAGCUAUCUCGGGGAUCUGAUACACCCAGAAGGUUGGCACAAGUGGAAUGAAUAUAGCACCUUAGACACUGUAGAGUACACAGAAUACAUGAAUUCUGGACCAGGUUCAGAUACGAGACAAAGGGUCACCUGGGCAGGGUACAAAAAGAAUUGCAGUGAAGAUGUAGCAAGGCAGUUCACAGUGGGCUCUUUCUUACACGGAGCAGAUGAUUGGUUGGAAUCGACAGGUUUUCCUCUUUCUAAUGGUCCAUGAGAUGCAGAUUCAGGGAAACUGAAAAUGUACAAAGA